AUCGCAGCGCUGUGCGGAACCCCUGCACGCAAUGGACGACCGCAACGACUGCUCAUCAGAGUACCCAAAGCGCCUCAAGCCCUACCCCAGUACGUUGUUGCAACACAUACUUUGCAGAAGCCAAGGUAAAACACUGGAAAUGAAUCGAUUCCGUAAACGGGGUCCCGAAGAAUUCGACAGUGUACGUGCGCAUUAUUUAUGACACUGUAGCCAAGCUGCCGCGAAGACGCCACUGAGUAGAGUUAAUAGCGGACGUGCUUUCACGGUUGCCUAAGCGAGGCCGCUUGCGAAUUCACACUCGUGAACUUUGCCGACGAAAUUGCAGUUUUUGUCUAAGACGCUGUUGCCUGUGCUUCCACUCCAAGAUUCAUACCGCAAGCGCUAUUGCGGCUGUCGAGAUGGUCGACGGUGACAGUCGGUCGAAAAACGACGCGCGCGUGACAGAUGCCAGAAAACUUGGGAGGGAUUGAUAGAGGGAUUUCUCGCAAAUGAGCAGCUCGCCAAAGCUGACUGCGGCAGGGCCGCGACCAAGCUGAGUCUUGACAACAACACACACGGCCUCGUGCCUUCAGUUCAACCAGCGAUAUGCUGUCUCUCAGCUAAGCCUCAGCGUGCCAAGUCGCUGGCCCUGCACGUCCUUCACAUCAGCGAAUGCGGGCCAACUCGGCACUGAACGGGCCCGCGGGCUUGGAUGUUGGCAGUCACAGCGGUCUGAUAUGGGAUCCAUGUGCUGGCCUUGCGGGGCUGCGGCGUGUGGAGUCGUCAGCUGCACUGCCAUGGCGGACGAACCCGGAGGACAAACGUGCCUCCCAGACGCAGCUGCAGGGCAGCCACGCGUCUUGGCCCGCAAACAGCCACGCUUCGCCAGACAGCGCCAGUGGCCCAGCUUCGGCGUCAGGAGCCGCGCUGCCGCCUCUGUCAGCGUGGCAGCCCUUCGCCGUGUCCUGCGGCGCGCCACACCUUGCUGCCACCGCAGCCCCGACAGCGGUGGGCACGGCUGCUGCUCCGCCGCCGCAACGUGGGGUCGACGGCGUCGGGGCGGCGGCGGAGCACGCCGCGUUGCGGCAUGGGCAUGGGCCCGCCAGUGCGCCGCCGGGACCGUCGCGUCAGGGCCAUGAUGCCCAUGAGCGGUCCAGGUCUCCAGGCGCCAGCUACCCCACUUGCGCCGCCGCCAUCGCCGCCGCUGCAGCCCCUGGCGCAGACGCGCUAACAGCAGCAGCAGUCGCUGUGGCGGCGGCGCCGCCACCGCACUCGGCGGUUGGCGGCGGGGGCUUGCACCCCCCGCCUGCGUGGUGGGGCUAUUACGGCCCGCCGCCGCCAGGCCUGCACCCGCACCUGCCGCCGCCGCACCCGCACCUGGCGCGCCGGUACCACCCGCAUCCGCACCACGGCCACCAUCAUCACCAGGCCUUGCUGCGGCCGGGCCUGCCGCCACCGCCUCCGCACUGGGCGCACGCGCACCACAACCACCUCUCGCACCAUAACCACCGCACUGCCGCCGCCUACGCCUUCCGGCACGCGACCAGCGCCACAACCAGUCCCUACAAGACACCGCCACUGUCGAUUUCCGCAUCCUCUGGAGCGCUGCCGGUGGCACCGGAGGCAGAACCAGCGCCGGCGGCCGCCGCCGCCGAUGCCGCCGCAGGAGGCCCUGCGCGGCACAAGCGUGCCGUGUCGUACUCGGGACACGGGCACGUGCCCUAUUCGCCGUACCAUCGCCCGUACGGCUAUGGCCCACACGUGCCGCCGCCGCCGCCAGGCGCCUGCUACCCCCCGGGACCCUGGGAUCCCUAUGGGCCCUACGGCCCGCCGCCGUACCCGCCGCCCCGCUACGGUCCCGCCGGUAGCUCCGCAUUCCCGCCGCCGCUGCAGCCGCCGCUGCUGCCUGCAACCUCAUCGCACCAGUCCUCGCCGCUGGACCCGCAGCAGCAGCGCCCAUCAAUGAACCGUGCCGCCUCUUGGCACCCUGGCGCCAACCUGCCGACGGCUGCUGCUGUGGCGGCGGCGGCACCCGGCGCCAACGGCGGCGGCGGCGCCGCCACAUCAUCAAGUAGUAGCGACGCGCCGGCUGCAUCGCCCGCCGGCGCCGCCGCCGAGCCGCCGCCGAGCAUCGUGCACCCAAUGAGCUGGUCCACAGCCCAUGCGCCCGCCGCCGCAGCGGUCACGCAGCCGCCAGCCGCAGCCGGUGCGUGCCCGUACAAGCUCAGCAACUACAUGUCGGAGCCGCAUUACCCGUACUCGGCGUACUACGACAUGCCGUACUACGACAUGGCUCCGGGACUCGCCGCCGGUAGCGGCGGCGGGCCGAGUGUGUACGGGCCAGGCAGCGCAGCCCCGGGCGGCUUCCCGGCUGGCGGCGCCGCCGCCGCCGGCUGGCGCGCCGCCGGCCACGCACAAGGCCGCGUGUCCGACGGCAAUGGCAGUAGCACCGCCAUGGUUUACCCGCCCUGGUACCUCGGCGGUGCUGCUACAGCCUCUGCGCCGUCGCCCUUCCUCGCCAGCGCAAUGGGCGCCGAGGCGGAUGCAGGCCCCGCUUCAGCUGCAGCGACCGGCGGCGGCGGGGGUGGCAGCAAGGGCGCUCUCGCGCCGACGGCUGGCGGCAGCUCUGUGGUCAAGGUGUCUUCCUGUGUAGGCCUCAGCCCGCAGGACUCGUGGCCUGCAACCUCGCCCUCCACGCCUCCCACGCCCUGCCAGCAGCCGCUGUCGCCGCCAGCGGCACAUGCGCCGUCGCUACAGCCGCAGCCACAGGUGCUGCUACAGCCGCAGCCGGGGCAGCUGCUACAGCCGCAGCAGCUGCGGGGGGGCGCGCCGCCAGCUGACGACUCUGGUGCGAAGCGGCGGCGCGUGUGCCCCUCCACUUCCCUGCCGCUGCUGCCCUGCGGCGGCGGCGCAGGCGCAGCCGGUGCAGGCAAGGUCAGCGGGCUCACAGCAAGGCAUGGUGGCAUGGGCACGGGUCUUCACGACCAUUCGAAUACGCCUUGCGAGCCGCGGUCGCGGAUGCCCAACGGCAGUGAGGUCGCGUGGCUCAAUUUCUUGUCGGGCGGCGACGAUGCCAGCAGCGGCCGGGGCGCCGCCGCCGCCGGCAGUCCCUCCGAGUCCACCGCCACAGUAACGGCAACCGCGGCCGAUGCAGGCAGCGACGGCGCCUUUGCCCGGAGCUCCAUUGCCACGGUGGCGGGCUCGGGUCCGACAGCCGCCAGUAGUUGCUUAAGCCCCGCUGCCGCCGCCGCCGCCGCCGCCGCAGGCGGGUCUACCGUCGGUGGCUGCGGCCGCCUCUCAACUAGCCUGUCCGGCCCGGCCGGCUGCGCCGUCUCGGCUGCGCAGGGCUCGCAUGACGCGGUCCUGAGCGUUACAGGCAGCGCCCCCGGUAACAACGGAAACGGUGUCGGAAACUACAACGGCGGCGGUUACAAUCACAACCUCGGUUUCGCCGUACGGUACGACGAUGACGACGACCCAAUGGAGAUUUCGUUGCGUGCGCAGUCACACAUGUUUCUGGACCAGGAGGCGGGCACGGGGGCUGCAGGAGCGGGCGUGGCUGGGGACGCGGCCGUGGGCGUGGCGGCAGGCGGCGACGUGCAUGGCGGCCUGCAGCUGCCAUCUUGCAUGGACGCGCUCACGCAACAGCAGCAACACCAGAAGCAGCAAGAGACACCGCAGCAGCAUGGGCAGCUGAACGCGUGCUUAGCACGACAGGCGCAGCAGCAGCAGCACCAGUCCGCUGCGGCCGCGGCAGCGAUGGGGUCGAUCACCUUUCCCAGCCUGCACAUGCCGCCGCGGCAGCUGUCGCCACAGCGCGCGCCACAGCCAAAUCGCAAUCAGCACGCGCACCACGUGGAGCAGUCGCUGGCGGCGCUCCCCUCCACAGCACAGGGCGUGGAUCCGGAGGACGACCGAGAGUUUCUAGCUCGCGUGGCGGCUGGCUUUGAUGAUGGCACGCUGGACGCGUUCGAUGGGUUUGACGCACUGGAUCUGAAGCUGGAGUUUGAGGAGCUGGGCCUGGGUGCGGAAGCACCCACGCCGACGGCGCCGACGCCGUCCGGCGCUGUCACCCAGGCGCCGCUGUUGCUUACGGCGGAUGAGAUGGCGGCGGCGGCGGCCAUGGCGGCGGCGGGUGGCGGCGGCGCGGGCCGGCAGUUGGCGGCGGCGGCGGCGACGCCGCCGCCACGGGGCGCCUCUGUCUCUUCACCUGGCGGCAGCACGGCGAUGAUGGCUUCGCCUCCUUCCUCGCAUCAAGCACCCGCCGCGGUGCCGCCCACCGCCUCAAUGCCACCCGCCGCAGCGCACUUCCAGCACCAGCACCAGCACCUGGCGGCGCCGCUCGGCGUCGGCCUUCCUGCCGCGGUGGCGGCUGCCAUCGCCAGUGCCAGUGCCUCUUCGCCCACCAAGCCCCCUCUUUCCCUCGCGCCCGUCGCCGUUGACAUGACGACAGCGAUGCCUGCCGUCGACCAAGCGGCGGCAGCAACGGCCGCAGCCGCGCACGGUACGUCCCGGAGGGCGGCGAUUGGCAACGGCUGCCACGAGCCCAAGCAACUGCCGCCAACGGUCAACGACGUAAACGCCGAACACCUUCCGGGUCCCGUACGGGUUACGGUGGCGGGCGGCUCACUCGGAUCCAUCAUCAGCGCCGCAAUUAGUAAUGUCAAGAAAGCCGUACGCGGCGGCGGCGCGGCGGCAAGCGGCCGCCGCCGCAAGAGCUCCAACGCUGACAGCGAUGAGGACGAGGACGACGGGCGGGCGGCCAGCGGGGAACGCGCUGCUUCCUCUGCCGCCGCCGCAGCGGCAGCGGCGGCGUCAGCCGCCGCAACCACCGACGACCCCGCACGUGACGCCGCGGAGGCUGCAGCGGUUGGCGGGAAGGUGGUUGGCGUUUUCCACGUGUUGCCGUACCUUGAGGGCGGCAAGUGCAUAGAGUACGACGGGGAGCUGAUCAGCCGUAGCGCCUUCGAACGUGUGGGCGGCAGUACAAUGGCCAAAUGGUACCGCUCCAUCAAGGUGCUACCCGAUGGCAUGUCGCUGGGCAGGUGGCUAGCCGCACACAAGCUGCCGAUCCUGAAGGGCAAUCCCCGCCGGAGCUUCAAAGGCCGACGCGACCGUGCUGGGGAGGCGAACACACCGGCGCUGGCGGCAAGCGGCGGCGCUUCCGCUACGGCCCGCGGUGCCGAUGGCGCGGUGUCGGACGGAGAUUACUGCUGAGCAGAUUACCGCUUAACGGCUUACUGCUCUGCGUGGGCGGAUUCACGGCUGGCUCUGGAUGGGACGUCAUGGAACCACCUGACAGAAUGCGGAGCCCAUCAGUCAAGGCGACUACAUACUGAAGCCGCGGCUGCAGAAGGACUGUCAUGGACGUCUUUUGGGGCAGCUGUCGAGCUGCCGACAGCUGCACAAUGGUUGCGCUGGAGUGAGGGUGUAUAGGCGCAAGCAAUUCGUUGCCAAGCUUCGAUGGUGGUGGGAGCGGGUGUGUAACUUCAAUUUUGCAUGAAGAAAAGGGGGAGGACGGACGGACUGGACGGAGGGGGGGUCUGAGGGACCCUGUUAACCCCGAAACCAGGAGAAGAAGAAAAGGCUGCAGACACAUGUACUCAUAAUAAAAGGUUCGCCGUUUUUGGUGAUUUGGCUGGUGCGCAUACGUGGCUGUGGCAGACCCUCGCCAGUCCUCUGUCACCGACCGAUGCUGUGUACUGUACGGUUCCCCAGGGCACAUCGUGCCCUACUUUGUGCCAAUACGCACAAUUGGCGGUGGCCAACGUGCAGCAUCUUUGCAUAAAACAUUUGCCGGCGUGUCUGAGUCCACGUGCUAUUGCGCCGUGGAGUGGGCCCACCUUCUUGUCUACUGGUUUGCGAUCUUCCACUUCAUCUGUCCUCUAUCUUUGGUCGCGACCAUAUUCCGGUCCUAGGGCCGCGUGUGGUGAAUUACUUAGCCGCGUGCAUACAGACUUUCAAACUGCCUUAUGGUUAUAACUGUGUGGACGGACAAGCCAGUCAUAUGCAAGUGCUGGUGCACGUACUGGGUUAGGCUUUUCAUAGGUGCAUGCAAGCGGAUGCAAUUCUGGUAUCAGGGUGGAUGAGGCAGUUAAAACUUGGUCGGAGGCGGUGUUGCGCACUUGGGUGCACAUGUCGAUGACUGCGGUAUAAGCAGACAUUACAAGAAGGGGCAGUUCCAUCCAGUUAGGGGACAUGUCAGGCCACAGUUAUGCGGCGGCAGCAAAGCGUGUCACUUCGCAGCCAAUGAGCGUGAGAUUUGGGAAUUGGUAUGAGUGAAAGCUUCCGUAACUGGGCUCCGCUGCAGUUUUAUCUUAGGCAGGAACUCUCGUGCCACCUGCGCGUGUACGGUGCUGCUGCGCUCAGAACAAAGAACGCUAGGAUGCUGGAGAGGCCCCAUAGGUGAUGCCUACACAAGUGGUGCAUUGGCAAGUAGGAUAUUGAACUGGGCGCAAUAGAAGCCGCAAGGCUGCAAUGUCACAAGCGCACUAGCUGAUAGCACUGAGUGAGAGCGAUGGAGCAUGCGAGCGCAAGUGUGGCAAUGACGCUUUGCAGCCGUUACAGGGGCGGCAGGUUGGUGUCCUCCCUUCACGCCCUGAUUGCGAGUACGUUUGCUCGACGUAUACCUUCUCCAUCAAUUUCACACAAUCUAUCAGGCUGGUUUUAGCAGGUUUAGGGUAGGUGGCCAUCUCUGGACAUCUUGCUUUGCGCCGUUCUUCGUUUGGGUAUCCCCUGAUUGGUAUAAUGGCGUUAAACGGGACGGUUCCACUACCUAUCUACAGCCGAACGGACCACGCAUGGCUGAUGCAGUGGCAUCAGAGCUCUUCUUCAAUUGCUUCCAGCCGCUCCAAGUCACUAUGGAGCUUACACAUCACAUGCCCGGGGGACUUCCAUUUGUUGUGAUUGGGGGGUUGAAGGGGUAUUGCAGGAAUUCCUGAGCGAAGCGCUGACUCGUCGUGUGGCUUUCUCGCCUGGAUGCUUGCGCGCAAGGGGGCUUCCGUGCUUGCGGGACCGCCAUUGUAACCAUUUAUUGCC